AAAAUGUCGAUUCCUCGAAUUAGUGCUGCGAAAAGUGAUGUCUUGAUGGCUUUGUUGCUUCAAAACAAACAACGGGGCAUAGUGCCUAAACGAGGCAGCAUGACAACCCAACACUUUAGGAAUCUGUUAAGGCGGAUGAAAAGGGGGUUGUCGGCAUUUAGCAUGGAUCAAAUUGACCUUGUGAAGAUUAUCUUUUUCUGGAAGAAGCAAUACUUCACUAUCAAGUCUAUGUUGAAGAUAAAGAUGUUUGCUUGGGACUUGGCUAACUUGUGCGUCGUCGAUGGGCUGAUCGUUGAAGCGCAUGACUGCUUAGUGGAAAGUGUUUAA